AUGACCCUGGAGGAGGGACUGUUGUGGGCGAUGCAGGAAUGGCAGCACACGAGCAACUUUGACCGGAUGAUCUACUACGAGAUGGCGGGAAAGUUCUUGGAGUUUGAGGCUGAGGAGGAGAUGCAGAUUCAGAAGUCGCAGUGGAUGAAGGGGCCCCAGUGCCUGCCUCCUCCAGCCCCGCCGAGGCUUGAGCCUCGAAGACCAUCAGCCCCUGAGGUGGUGAAGCUGCCAGUGUACCUUCCCAGCAAGGCCUGCCCCAAGGCCCCGCCUGCCUGCCUGCCACCACCCAGGCCCCAGCAACCAGCGGAGACCAAGGCCCCCGAGGAGAUACCCCCUGAAGUGGUGCAGGAGUAUGUGGACAUCAUGGAGGACCUGCUGGGGCCUCCCACUGGGGCCACAGGAGAGCUAAAGGCAAAAUGGGAAGAGGGCGAAGUGGAGCAGGAAGGGGACGGGAUGCUUCUAGACCCAGGCGUCCUGAGCUACGCUGACAAUCUGUGUUCCCAGGAAGACUUCGUCACCAAGGUGGGCUGGCCUGAAGUGCUGGGGUCUGCAGAAUUCCAGGGGGUGACACUCGCAGGUCCCUGGAAUUAAGCUCUGUUCCUUAGCUACUCCAAAGUGGGUGGUUUCACGUGUUUCCAUGGAUUUGAGUGUCUGUGUAUGUGACUGUGUGUCUGUGUGUUUGUCUCUGUGAUUUGUUACUACGUAUCUGUGUGGCUGAGUGUGGCGUGUGUAUAUUACUGUGUCUGUGUAUUUUCCUGUGUCGUAUGUGAGUGUGUGUGGUUUGUGUGUCUCUGUCUGCAUGUAUGGAUGCUACCAGGUUUGUGUGUGGAGCUGGUGGUUGCCAUGGUAUAAGACAGCUCCAGAAGGGUGGGGACGGGGCGCUCGCUGCUUUCUGCAUCUUCUCUAGGUGUCCUUGGC